CGCCGCAAAGUAAAAGCCCGCUGACAGACAGGAGGGAUUUGUGAUGGAAACAGAAACUUUCAACUCUAAAACCAUGACAGAAAGCGCGUACAAAACAGCGUGUAAAAGUGUCGGAGGACUGCAAGAGGCUUCUCGCUGCCGCUGACUUUCAGUUUGCAUCUAGUCUGCAUGUUCCCAAGUUCCAAGUUUGUCAUCUCAGCCAUGAAGAUUUAACCCAACAUGUUGGAACUUCCGGAAGCCUGUGAGGAAGUAGAGGACUGGUUGGACACACUCCGGCUCUCUCAGUACCUGCCAUGUUUUCAGCAGGGGGGAUAUCGAGCUCUUGCUGACUGCAAGGAUCUCACAGAUGAGCGUCUUCUGGAACUCGGUGUCCUACCCACGGGCCAUCGAAGACGCAUCCUCCGCAGUCUGGAAGCCCUGGGUGUAAACCGGAGUGGAGCUGCGAAACCCAAGCUGUUCCCCCGACAUAUCUUUUUAAAUGAUAAAAAAAGGGGGACUUCAUGUUUGCAUAGUCAUACAAGGGGGCGGGAAGAUGGUGAUCAUGAAGGGAGUCAAACAUUGCCUCCCGGAGCGGGUCUUGGGUUCGAUUAUCAGGAUAAUGAUGAAAGGAAAGACCCAUCUAUUCCACAACCUGCACCGCGCAAUCCUGAAAAUGUUGGACUUUGCCCACUUGAGAGUAUCCACAUCCCCCCGUCCAUGUCCUCAGCCAGCAGUAGCAGCAGGGAAUCCUUUUCUUUUUCUGAAACACCGUCUGACUGGGAGAUUUCAACCACAGACCUCAGUGACCCUGCUUGUGGUUCUGGAGAGAUCUCCCUCCCGGCGCAGGGCGACGAUGCAGGAGGCUUUCACGGAGAGAUGGUCGAAAAUGACAUCUAUGGCUUACAAAUGAGUUUCAAGGUUCCAAAGGGUCCCCAGCGUACACGUUCAUAUCGACUGAGGCAUCGGCCUGUUCCCAAACUCCCGACUCAGGACCUUCAGCCACCUGAUGACAGGAGCACAGCGCUAGUGCAAACAGCCAACCCUGAGCACCUAACUGCCUCUGAAGGCUCCGUCGGUGCCAACGGCACGCAGAAAGCUCUCUUUCAAAGGACCCUGACGCCUCCUGGGGAAAUCUUCCUUCCCAAGAGCGGCCAGAUCUCUCCGGGGCGUAAAGAAGUGCUGCAGCAGCACCUGAAGGGCAAAAUAAAGCAGAAGAAACAGAGAAAAAAGAUGCUGCAAGAAAAACACAAUGAGGACAACGAGUCUCCCCAUGUUCCACCUGUCCAAGACCCUGACGUUGAUGAGUACUCCACAGUAGCGGAGUGUGCCAGCAUGGUGUCGAGCGCCAGCUUCACACAACCUGAAGUUGAUGCCGUGCUGGGCUCAGUGACCUCUGCGCCCGCCGCUCAGGACGACUCUGUGCUCAUGGUAGAGUGUGACAUCUACUCAGAAACAGCAGACCUUUUGGCGGCCAAAAACACAGAGCGUGAUAUUUCACCAUAUGCGUGCUUCUAUGGAGCUCCACAUCACCAGGUCCUGAAAGUGGGCUGGCUGGACAAGCUGUCCCCCCAAGGAAAAUGUGUUUUCCAGAAGAGGUGGGUGAGAUUUGACGGGGAGAGCUUGGCUUACUACAAUAAUGACAAGGAGAUGUACUCCAAAGGGAUGAUCCUGGCGAGUGCCAUCAGGCAGGUGCGAAGUUUGGGCGACAUUAAUAAGUUUGAGGUUGUCACCUCGCUGCGAACCUUCAUAUUCCGUGCUGAAAGAGAAGGGGAGCGUCAGGAGUGGAUGGAAACUCUUCAGAUGGCAAUGCGCCCCUCUGCUUGCAGCUCCCAGAAGCGCUCCGACAGCCUCUCCAGCCGCGCCUCCACAAACAAGUGUGGCUUGUUGGAGCUCCGUGGUUACAAAGGCAAAGUGCUGGUGUCCCUGGCGGGGAGUAAAGUCAGGCUCUGCAAAACAGUACAGGAUUUUAAAGCUGGACUGGCCAUUUGUGAAGUGGAACUGACGGCUGCCAAUAUGAAAGAUGUGGACCGCAGAGGCUUUGAACUCAACACCCCCUUCAAGAAUUUCUGCUUCACAGCCGAGUCAGAAAAGGAGAAGGAGGAGUGGAUUGAAGUGGUCCAGGAAUCAAUUGCAGAGACUCUCUCCGACUACGAAGUGGCAGAGAAGAUCUGGUUCAACGAGUCGAACAUGAGCUGCGCUGACUGUCGCGCUGAGCAGCCCGAGUGGGCGUCCGUGAAUCUGGGUGUGGUCAUCUGUAAGAAAUGCUCAGGGCAGCAUCGCUCUCUUGGACCGAACAUUUCCAAAGUACGGAGCUUGAAGUUGGACAGCAGCAUCUGGAGCAAUGAGCUGGUCGAGCUGUUCUUGGAAAUAGGAAACGUCAACGCCAACUGUUUCUGGGCCGCCAAUCUUCCUGUUGACGAAGAAAUUUACAGCGGUGCCUCAGCAGAACAACGCGCCACAUUUAUCCGCAGGAAGUACCGGGAGAGAAAAUACAGAAAAAUCUUGGAGGGUUAUAAUGACUUGGACGAACUCAACCAGGCUCUUUGUGCAGCUGUGGUCACGGCCGAUGUUCUGCAGACCAUGGCGCUGGUGUUCAGCGGGGCAGAUGUUAUGUGUGCCACCGGGGAUCCCACCUGCUCCACCCCGUACCUCUUGGCCCAGCGUGCUGGACAAAAGCUGCAAAUGGAGUUUCUGCACCAAAAUAAGUUAUGUGAUUUCCCCCCACUGGAUCAGUGGUCAGAGAGCGCUUCCCUGUCAGAGUCGUCCCUCUACAUGGAUGGCUUCCUCUACAUCGCUGCUGGCCAAGCUAGAGCUCUGCUGGACCGGCGCUUAAGGGACGACUUGAUGCGACGGUGGUGCACCCUGGAGGGGGGCUUCUUGAGUUACUACGAAAGCGAGAGGAGUCCUUCACCUGUGGGCCGACUAGACGUCACUGAAGUGGUCAGCAUGGCCAUCAGCAACACAGAGACCAUGACUGCAGUGGGGGCCGUUUUUACAGCUGAGCUGUACCUGCAGACAGAGCGGGUGCUGGUCGUUGGCGCUGAAACACAAGAAACGCAGCACGACUGGAUCCAGGCGCUAACGAAGUGCUUUGUCCCGUCAAAAGUGGAGAGGCUGGUUCAGAGAGACAGUGAGUUGAUUGGCAGACUCCUCUACAAGGAAGGUCAUGACCUCUACCACUGGAGAAUGGGCUGGUUCAUGCUGGAAGGCUCAGCCUUGCACUUUAGCUCGGGAGAGGAAGAAGACGAGGAGGAGGUUCUUCAACUGAAACAGCUACAGGAACUCACUGUCACGACACAUACUGAGGGCGAGGAGAAGAUCCAAGUUCUGCUGAUGGUGGAGAGUGGACGGACAGUCUACAUCCAUGGCUACAGCAUCAUCGACUUCACUCUGUGGCGCUCUGCUAUCACACAGGCCGCUGGGACCGAUGGAAAUGCGCUCAGUGAUCAGCAGCUGACGAAAAAUGGUGUCCCAAUCAUAGUUGAAAGUUGCAUUGCCUUUGUCACCCAAUAUGGUUUGCCCCUGCAAGGAGUCUACCAGAGGCCUGGAGAUCCUGCGCGAGUGGCUCUGCUCCUGGAGGAGUUUAGUCGUGAUGCUCGCAAUGUCAAGCUGAGAGUAAAGGAACAUCACCUGGAGGAUGUGACCAGCACACUGAAGAGCUUCCUAUCCCAGGCAGAAGACGCCCUCCUGACCAAGGAGCUCUAUCCAUACUGGGUGUCAGUUCUCGAUGAGCAAGACGAGGGAGAACGGGUGAUCAAGUAUUCCACAUUUAUCGAGAGUCUGCCUAAAACAAACAGGUCCACGCUCGAUGCUCUUCUGAAGCAUCUUUACAGGAUUCAUCAAUGCUCCCACCUCAACCAGAUGACCAGUGAAAAGCUGGCUACAGCCUUCUCCCCCUGCAUGUUCCAGACUCAGGGACAAACACGGCAAGAAAUCAACGUCAUCUGCGACCUCAUCAACAACUAUGUUACCCUCUUCAGCGUCAAUGAAGAGCAGGUGCAACAGAUGGAGAGGGAGAAUAGUUUCAUCACACGCUGGAAUGACAAAAAGGACACCACAUUUUCUCCAGCUGGAGACUUGAUCUUUGAGGUGUACCUGGAGAAGAAAGCACCGGAGAACUGCUGUUUAAUCAAGGUCUCUCCGAGCAUGAGAGCGACAGAACUGGCGGAAAAUGUGUUCAAUAUGCGCAACGUUGCCCUGAACGCAGAGGACUUCUGGACCACGUUUGAAGUCAUUGAGAAUGGAGAGCUCGAGCGACCGUUGCACCAGACAGAGAAAAUACUGGAGCAGGUGCUGGAGUGGAGUUCUCUGGACUCUCCCCAGUCCGCUUUUCUUGUUCUGAAGAAGUUUGACAAAACCAAGCCAGGGACUGACAAGAACGCAGAAGAAGGUGUGGUUGUUAAAGGCGAACAUCUAAAGUUUAGAGAUGGAUCCAGCAAGCUGCUUCCAGGAAACAAGUUCCAGGACAGAUAUGUUGUUCUUCACGCAGAAAAGUUACUUCUCUACAGAGACAUGAAAAGCACCAAGGUGGAAAAAUCAAUCCAGCUCAAGUCUGUGAAAUGUUACCUGGGCCUGAAGAAAAAGAUCAAGCCCCCGACCAGCUUUGGAUUCAGCGUCUACACAGACAAGCUGCAGUGGCAUUUCUGCUGCGAGAAGAGGGAGGCGCAGGUCAGCUGGGUGACUGAAAUCAUCAGGAUGAAGUUUGGUGCUGAUUUGUGCUCUGUGGGCCCACGUGUGAAAGACGCUGCAGUUCCCUCCUCCACCAAAGGAGGAGUCAAAACUGAAGGAGGAAAUCAAGUGAUGCAAAAUUCAGCCAAAAUGGUGACUGAGAAGAAGAUUGUCAUUGGGCAGAGGCUGAACGAGAUGCUGAAAGUGCCCGAAGUCGCACAAGGCCGAACCUCAGCGGACGCCUGCCAUCCUCGCCGUGUCCGCUCUCCAUCACCGUCCAUGCAGCUGCAGCCCGCAGCUCUGCCCGCUGCACAGCAGAGCAGGAGUAGGGCCGCUGGCAAGAGAAGCUCCGUGAACGUGGAGGGCAAAAUGCCUUCUAAUCUGCUGAAUGAACUGAACUCUGUGCUGAACAAGACCGGACGCAGCACCAGCAAGCACUGAUGAGGCAGAGCACGGAGAGACAGAACGCUGCUGCAUGUAUUCUCAUUUAUUUUUUCUGUCUGAAUUACACUUUCAACAGUGUUGCAGGGAGAGGAACUGAAGGUCAAACUGACCUCUACAAAAAUGUCAGCAUCAAGCACUACAAAACAUCGUCGCUGUCUUGCCUGCUCGGGCCAUUUGUAAAAGUUCAAUGUGGGAGUUUGCUGGGAGGAAGGUUUUCCUGUAUAGCAGAAACAUUUUUUUAUGACAAGAUAUUUAUUUGUAAUUAUUUUAAUAAGAUGCUAGCAAAGUUGUCAUAUUCAAAGAAAUAUAAACUUUACAUGUCAGUUUAAAUAAAUUAUACCGUUGUCCUUUUGUGUUUACUGCGUACUGACUAUUUGAUCUUCUCGGCUAGUGUGACUUAAUGAGGAUCGCAGCUCUGAAUUACCAAGGAAAAAGGGGAUGUUGCUGUGAAUUGCUUCUGGUGCUGGGUGAAGUAAACUUUGAACUAGAUGCCUCUUUGUGAAAAAAUGUUCUUGCAUUUGAUGCAUGGUGAAGGCAAAUGUAAUCCCUUAGCAUCAUCAAAACCUUUUUUUUUGUCUGUUUUUAUUUGACCAUCCGAUAUUGCAAAUGACUGUUUCUUCAUGUUAAAAAAUACCGUAAAUGACCAAAUGACCUUUUGGCUUUUUGCGCUGGAGUUUGCCAACAUAAAUUCUCCUCCAUCUGAACCCCGCUUGACCAUCCUCCCUGGUCUCACCCUUCGCUUCCUCAUCAUCAUAAAC